UCAUCAUCUUGCCUCCUUGUCCACGAUAAGGGGUUCUAAACUAAGUGUACACAGUGUCAAAUUAAGUUAUGGCUCCAUGUCAAUACACUGUUUCACCCCCCUCCCCCGCUCCAGUCACCGCUGGAGCCAGAAGCUGACAUCGUGAUUGUCCUUUGUCCUAUUAGGCUGAUCAAUGAGACUGAACAGAGGAGGGAGGAAGAAGAGGAAGAGGAGGAAUAGAAGGAGAACUGAGGGAUAUGACUGUGUGUGCUGAAGAGGAGGGGGGGGCAGCUCCUCCCAUAAUUAAGUUAGUGUGCUGCACUGGAGGUCCAUGUUUACGGGGCAGGCGAGGGAGUUUCCUUCACUCGGUGGACAGCUCUGAGUGCGGAGAAGGCAGCAGCGAGCUCUCACUCUCUUCUCUGGUUAUUUCUGCAACUCAUCCCCGGCUGCACUGUGACUGGCUGACUUGCACACACCGGCUAAUCCAGGACAAGGCAGGGGGAAGCAGCAGCAGCAGCACCUGCCGAACCCUACGCUGCCACCACCACCUCCACUUUCCCUCCCUCCGUCUCCCCUGCCUGCUUGGCCCAGGACCUCGUCUCUGUUGCCGCCGCCGCCGCCAUCAUGUGCGACUGUUUUCACCUGGCCUUCCCCAACUGGCACGCCGCCUCCUCAGGGACGGGAGCUGGUCGAAGGCUGAGGGGACCAGAGCCCGGUACUGAGGACGAUUCAAUAUGUGACGAGCCAUCUCAGUUCACAGAGGGAGAGAGACCACGCCCUCAAGGAUCAUCCCCCGUCGAGGAGUAUCCUGAAAAAUACACCGACAGUGACAAAGAGUGUGAAGCAGAGCAUGACCCACAACACAAAAGUAGGAGUGGAAAGAAAACUAAAAAGUCUGGGCUUGGGUCCAUGUUUGAAAAGCGUUCAACUCCAAAGAUGAGUAAACUGAAGGAGGUUCACAGCCCUGAGUCUGGGGUGAUAGUGAAAACAGCCAAAGAUGGAUGUGCAGAGGGUCUCAUUUAUGGCGGAGGGGGGAAAGAGGGGAUCUUCAUUAAGGAAGUGGUACCAGAAUCACCUGCCUCAAAAAGUCUGAAACUGAAAGAGGGUGAUCAAGUUCUGAGCGCCACUGUGUAUUUUGACAACGUGUCAUAUGAAGAUGCCAUUCAGAUUAUGGAGCACGCUCAGGCUUACAAAGUGAAGCUCUGCCUGAAACGCAAACCAGACAUCACAGAGACUGAACCAGCCAUGGACUCUGACGUUAUCCCUGAGGAAGACCUUUACGCUCCAGAAAUGAGGGAGCAAGGAAAAACCAAAAGGCGUGGAGAUGCUCGCAUUUCAUGGCCAAAGUUUCCUUCCUUUGGAAAAGGACGGAAGUCCCGCUUUACAAGGUCUCACAGUUCCUCAGAGGCUGAUGAGCAGAGAAAGCUGGAGCUUAGCCCCACCACAAGUGACACAGAGUCACCAAUAAAAACUCAGGAUGCUCUCAAAGGCAAGAAGAGGCACAAAAUGAAGCUUUCUGUUCUGACCAAGAGAGGCCGCAUAAGUUCAUCUGAAGAGCCGGACACCGACGCACCAACAACUGCGCAGACAAGCGGCGACAAUUACCAGACAGCAUCAGACAUGCUUUCACCUGAAUGCCUUGAAAGCCUCUCAGGAGAAACACCCGAAGCCCAUCUGACGGAGGAUCUGACAGAAGUGGAAGACUUAAGACUUGAGCAAAAUGAUCAAAAACUGACUGAACCUCAAACUGGCCAACACAAGGUGGAACUCAUCAGUAUAGACAGCACUUUGAAAACAGCAGAUCUAACUGUGGCUAUGGCAGAUCAAGAAAGCCCCUCUGGUAUCAAGUCCCCCAAUGAGAAGAAGAAGAAGAAAGAAAGGUCUGAAUUAAAAAUGAAAAUUUUGGGGAAGGAUAAAUCACACAAGAAAGAUGCAAAAGCAAAAGCCUCACCAAAAAGGCUAAAAACGCUGGGGGCAAGUAUUGAAAUAGCAGAUCAACCUGUAAAUGAAAAUUCUGAUGUCAUCCCAGGUUUUGAGUUGCGCACAGAACUACAGGGAGAUCAGCUACCACUUGAUGCCAACACCCAAAUAAUCAGUAGUGAGAGUUCAAGGGCAAAGUCAGUGACAACACAGAUGGAAAUGACUGUGCCAAAGGUGGAACUUGAUAUUACUGAUGUCACACUUGUACAAAAAUCUCCAAAGAAAAGUGAUGAAAAAAUAAAGAAAGGCAAGGACAUUAAACAAAAACAAGAAAAAAAGACAGGUCCAACAUUCAAACUGCCUAAAAUAGGCUUGGGUAGCAUUGCAACUGAGGAAACUACACAAAAAAUGAUUGGUAAUGUUGAAGAAUGUCCAACUAAAACAGAGCAGCUUCAAAGUGAAGGUCCAGAAGUGAAAGAAGAUCCUUAUGACAAACUGUCUAAAAGCAAUCUUUCCAGAACACAACUUCCCAAACGUGAAGACAUUGAGAUUCCAGGUAUGGAGGACAAGUCUGUGAAGACCUCAGUCAAACGAAUUAAAGAGCCUAAAGCUAUUUUGACAGGACAUUAUGAGGAAAUUCAGUCUGAAACUGUACAAAUGUCAAUUGAUGUGGACAGCGUGAAAGAGGCAGUUUCUAAAUUGCCUGGUUUUAAGCUGCCAAAGGUUGACACAUCUGGAGUGCCUAUUCCUGAAGAAAUUACUGUGAUAGAUGCGAAUGCACAAAGAAUAUCAGUAAAAACACCAACUAAAGUUGUAGAUACCAAAACAAAACAUGAGGCACACUUCAGUAAGUUUGACAUAAAUGCCUCUCCAGAAAUCUCCAAGACUACAGUCAAACUACCACAGAUCACAACUCCUGAUUUAACCUCAGAUGAACUUUUAACUGAAACCAAGGUGGAUUUUAAAAAAAGUGACAAAGAGAUGAAAACUGGGGUCUAUAACCGAGAAGAUAUCAUAAUACCUGGCAAAGAAAGUGCACAAGAAGUAGCCAUUCUUCAAGCACAGAAGAAGAAGACAAAGAUAACAACACCUAGCCUUGGGAUUUCAAAACCAGACAUAAGAAUCCCGGACAUUGGAAUUGACUUGCCAAAACAAAAUAUCUCUGCACAGAAAGGUUAUGCAAUUAAAGGAGAAAAGACCAUAUUGCUCCAAGAAGUGACAACAUCAAAAACUGAAACAAGGAAAGGCAAGGGGCAGAUUGAAGGAGUCAUAACUGAUGUCAAAAUACCUGAAACUGAUAGCAUUGAAUACAUUGAUUCAGUAGGUGGUUCACCAGCCAAAAAGGAUGGUGGUAUUAGGCUCACAGGUUUUGGUGUUGAUCUUGAUGCUACAAAGCCAAAGGCUGACAUCUCCUUUUCGGAGAUCAGGGGUGAAGUAACAGAUGUUGAAGCUGACAAGCAUACAAUCAAACUGGCUGAAUUUGGAGUUUCUCCGGAUAUCAGCGUAAAUGUGCCUGACACAGACAUGGAUAUAAACAUUGAUGGGGCAUAUAUAAAAAUACUUGAAAAAGAGGAAAAAGGUAGCAAGUUUAAAAUGCCAAAUCUUGGCAUAUCCAUGCCGAAGGUGAAGGGGCCUAAAGUUGAUUUCAGCCUUUCAAAAAAAGAUGUGACACUACCAGAGGCUAAAGCUGAGGUCAAACUCCUAGAGGCCCCUGAGACUGACAUUACUCUUGGAAAUGUAGAUGUUUCUAUUCAAGAGCAUAAGAUGGAAGUUGAAAAACCUGAGCUGGAAAUUAAACCUUUGCAGACUGAAGCUGAACUUGAUGGACAAGGAAGCAGGUUCAAGAUGCCAAAGCUUGGUAUUAAAAUGCCCAAAAUAAAAGGGCCUGAAUUUGAUUUACGCUUGUCAAAGAAAAGUAUAGAUGUUACACUACCAGAAUCUAAAGCUGAUGGGAAACUCCCAGAAGUCCCAGAGAUUGAUCCCAGUCUUGGAAAUGUAGAUGUUUCUAUUCCAGCGCAAAAGAUGAAGGUCAAAAAGCCUGAACUGGAAAUCAAACCUCUGCAAACUGAAGUUGAACUUGAUGGACAAGGAAGCAGGUUUAAAAUGCCAAAGUUGGGCAUCACAAUGCCAAAAGUAAAAGGGCCUGAAAUCGACUUCAGUUUAUCAAAGAAAGACAUAGAUGUGACACUCCCAGAAGCUAAAGCUGGGGUCAAACUCCCUGAUGCCCCUGAGGUUGACAUUACUCUCGGGAACACAGAUGUUUUUAUUCCAGAGAAAAAUAUAGAGGUUGAAAAACCAAAACUGGAAAUCAAACAUCUGCAGACGGAAGUUGAACUUGAUGGACAAGGAAGCAAAUUCAAGAUGCCAAAGUUUGGAAUUAAAAUGCCAAAGUUAAAAGGGCCUGAAUUUGAUUUAAGCUUACCAAGGAAAGAUGUAGAUGUCACACUACCAGAGGCUAAAGCUGAAGUCAAACUUCCAGAUACCCCUGGGGUUGAUGUUACUCUUGGAAGUGUAGAUGUUUCAAUUCCAGAGCAAAAGCUGGAAGUUGAAAAACCUGAGCUGGAAAUGAAACCUUUGCAGAUUGAAGCUGAACUUGAUGGACAAGGAAGCAAGUUUAAAAUGCCAAAGCUUGGUAUUAAAAUGCCAAAAAUAAAAGGGCCUGAAUUUGAUUUAAGUUUGUCAAAGAAAGAUGUAGAUGUUAUACUACCAGAAUUCAAAGCUGAGGGGAAACUUCCAGAAGCCCCUGAGAUUGAUGCCAGUCUUGGAAAUGUAGAUGUUUCUAUUCCAGCACAAAAGAUGAAGGUCAAAAAGCCUGAAAUGGAUAUCAAACCUCCACCGACUAAGGUUGAACUUGAUGGACAAGGAAGCAAGUUUAAAAUGCCAAAAUUUGGAAUCACAAUGCCAAAAGUAAAAGGGCCUGAAAUUGACUUCAGUUUAUCAAAGAAAGACAUAGAUGUGACACUACCAGAAGCUAAAGCUGGGGUCAAACUCCCAGAUGCCCAUGAGGCUGACAUUACUCUUGGGAAAACAGAUGUUUCUAUUCCAGAGAAAAAGAUCGAGGUUGAAAAGCCGGAGCUGGAAAUCAAAACUCUUCAGACUGAAGUUGAAUUUGAUGGACAAGGAAGCAAAUUCAAGAUGCCAAAGUUUGGAAUUAAAAUGCCGAAGUUAAAAGGGCCUGAAUUUGAUUUAAGCUUACCAAGGAAAGAUGUAGAUGUCACACUACCAGAGGCUAAAGCUGAAGUCAAACUUCCAGAUACCCCUGGGGUUGAUGUUACUCUUGGAAGUGUAGAUGUUUCAAUUCCAGAGCAAAAGCUGGAAGUUGAAAAACCUGAGCUGGAAAUGAAACCUUUGCAGAUUGAAGCUGAACUUGAUGGACAAGGAAGCAAGUUUAAAAUGCCAAAGUUUGGAAUCACAAUGCCAAAAGUAAAAGGGCCUGAAAUUGACUUCAGCUUGUCAAAGAAAGAAGUAGAUUUGACGCUACCAGAGGCCACAGCAGAUGUCAAACUCCCUGAUGUUGAACUAAAAGAUCCCUCUGCUAAAGUGGAAAUUAAAACUCCUGAGAUUAAAGGUGCAGAGAGGGAUAUAGAAGGAUCACCAUCAAAAUUUAAAAUGCCAACUUUCAAACUACCCAAAUUUGGAGCUGCUACUCGAAAUGUCAACGUUGAAGUAUCUAGCAAAACCAAAGAUAUUCAAAUUCCUGAAACACAGCUGAAAUCACCUGAAGGUGUUGCUGUUGACAUUACAGCACCCAACAUUGAUAUUGAGGGUCCAUCUCUUGAUGUGAAAACAACAGCAGCUGAACUUGAUGGGAAAGGGAGCAAGUUCAAAAUGCCAAAAUUUGGGAUAUCAUUGCCAAAAGUAAAAGGUCCCGAAAUUGAUUUGAGCUUAUCAAAGAAAGAUGUAGACAUGACAUUACCUGAAGCAGAUGUAAAACUUCCAGAUGUUGAACACAAAGAACUUGAUGUUAAAGUAGAGGUCAAAGCUCCAGAGAUGGCAGUUCACCAACUGCAUGUUGAAGGAUCACCAUCAAAAUUUAAGAUGCCGACAUUCAAACUACCAAAAUUUGGAGUUGGUACUCCAAAAGCCUCAGCAGAAGUACCUGAUAUGGACAAACAUGUAAAAAUCGAUGGAGCUGACAUUAACAUCCCUGAUGAGGGGUCUGCUAUUAAAAUUGCAGCACCCAGCAUUGACAUUGAGGGUCCUUCAAUAGAUCUGAAAACCACAGUAACUGAACAGGACGGAAAAGGAAGCAAAUUUAAAAUGCCACAUUUUGGGUUCUCUAUGCCAAAGGUAAAAGGACCUAAAAUUGAUUUAAGCCUGCCAAAGAAAGAUGUAGAUGUAACAUUACCAGAGGCUAAAGCUGAUGUCAAACUUCCAGAGGUUGAUCUUGGUAAAGUAGAGGUUUCCAUUCCACAGGUUAAGAUGGAAGUUCCAGAGGCUAAAGCUGAAGUCAAACUUCCAGAAGCGCCUAAAAUAGCUGUGGAGAUGAAACCACCUGAGUGUGAGGCAGAAAUGGAUGGACAUGGUGGAAAGUUUAAAAUACCAAAGUUUGGUAUCAAAAUGCCAAAGGUAAAAGGGCCUGAAUUUGAUUUAAGCUUACCAAAGAAAGAUGUAGAUUUCAAAUUACCAGAGACUAAAGCUGAUGUCAAACUCCCAGAGGCUGAUCUAGGAAAAGUAGAUGUUUCAAUCUCAGAAGCAAAGAUUGAGGUUAAAAAACCUAAAGUGGAAAUUCAGUCUCUGCAGACUGAAGGUGAACUUGAUGGCCAAGGAGAAAAGUUCAAAAUGCCAAAGUUUGGAAUUAAAAUGCCAAAGUUAAAAGGACCUGAAUUUGAUUUAAGCUUAUCAAAGAAAGAUGUUGAUACCAGACUACCGCAGGUCAGAGCUGAUGUAAAACUCCCAGAUGCCCCUAAGGCUGAUGUCACUUUUGAAAGUGUAGAUGUUUCUAUUCCAGAACAGAGGAUGGAAAUUGAAAAACCUGAGCUGGAAAUUAAACCUUUGCAGACUGAAGUUGAACUUGAAGGUCAGGGUAGCAAGUUCAAAAUGCCAAAGUUUGGAAUGUCGAUGGAAAAGGUAAAGGGACCUGAAUUUCAUCUAGGCUUCUCAAAGAAAGAUGUGGAUAUCAUGCUACCAGAAACCAAAGCAGAUGUCAACUUCCCUGAUGUUGAUCUAAAAAAACCUUCUGCUGAAGUGGAAAUUAAAGCUCCUGAAAUUGAUGGUACAGAGGGAUCACCUUCAAAAUUUAAAAUGCCAAAUUUCAGUUUCUCUAUGCCAAAAGUCAAAGGGCCUGAUAUAGAUUUAAGCUUAUCAAAGAAACAUGCAGAUAUCACAUUACCAGACACUAAAGCUGAGGUCAAACUCCCAGAAGCCCCUAAAAUUGAUGUCAGUGUUGGAAAGGCAGAAGUUUUGAUACCCGAGGCAAAUGUGGAAGUUAAAAAACCUGAGGUGCAAAUCAGACAUUUGCAAACUGAUGUGGAACUUGAAGGACAAGGAGGCAAGUUCAAAAUGCCAAAAUUUGGAAUCUCAAUGCCAAAAGUAAAAGGACCUGAAUUUGAUUUAAGCUUCUCAAAGAAAGAUAUAGAUGUGACACUUCCGGAAGCCAAAGCAGAAGUCAAACUCCCUGACGUUGAACUCCAAAGCCCUUCUGCUAAAGUGGAAAUGAAACCUUCUGGGACUGAAGCUAAGUUAGGUCAUGUGGAAGGAUUGCCAUCAAAAUUCAAGAUGCCAACAUUCAAAUUACCUAAAUUUGGAGCUGCCACUCCAAAUGUAAGUGUGGAGGUACCUGAUAUGGACAAAGACAUAAAAGUUGAUACAGCUGGGUUGAAAAUACCUAAAGACAGUGCUGCAGUUGAUAUUGCAGCACAGAAUGUUGAUAUUAAGGGUCCAUCUCUUGAUGUGAAAAUGUCAGGAACUGAAGGUGAGGGAAAAGGAAGUAAGUUUAAAAUGCCAAAGUUUGGAGUGUCAUUGCCAAAAGUACACGGGCCUGAAAUUGAUUUAAGCUUAUCCAAGAAAGAUGUAGGUGUCAAAUUACCAGAGGCUAAGGCUGAGGUUAAACUCCCAGAAGGUCCUGAAAUUGAUGUUAAUCUUGAAAAUGUAGAUGUUUCAAUUCCAGAAGCAAAAAUGGAGGUUCAAAAACCUGAACUGGAGUUACAAUCUGAAGUUGAACUUGACAGACAAGGAAGCAAGUUCAAAAUGCCUAAGUUUGGAAUCUCAAUGCCAAAAGUAAAAGGACCUGAAAUUGAUUUCAGCUUAUCAAAGAAAGAUGUUGACAUCACACUACCAGAAGGCAAAGCAGAAGUCAAUCUCCCUGACGUUGAACUCCAAGACCCUUCUGCUAAAGUGGAAAUUAAACCUUCUGGGACUGAAGCUAAGUUAGGUCAUGUGGAAGGAUCGCCAUCAAAAUUCAAGCUGCCAACAUUCAAAUUACCUAAAUUUGGAGCUGCCACUCCAAAUGUCAGUGUGGAGGUACCUGAUAUGGACAAAGACAUAAAAGUUGAUAGAGCUGGGAUGAAAAUACCUAAAGACAGUGCUGCAGUUGAUAUUGCAGCACAGAAUGUUGAUAUUAAGGGUCCAUCUCUUGAUGCGAAAAUGUCAGGAACUGAAGGUGAGGGAAAAGGAAGUAAGUUUAAAAUGCCAAAGUUUGGAGUGUCAUUGCCAAAAGUACACGGGCCUGAAAUUGAUUUAAGCUUAUCCAAGAAAGAUGUAGGUGUCAAAUUACCAGAGGCUAAGGCUGAGGUUAAACUCCCAGAAGGUCCUGAAAUUGAUGUUAAUCUUGAAAAUGUAGAUGUUUCAAUUCCAGAAGCAAAAAUGGAGGUUCAAAAACCUGAACUGCAGUUACAAUCUGAAGUUGAACUUGACAGACAAGGAAGCAAGUUCAAAAUGCCUAAGUUUGGAAUCUCAAUGCCAAAAGUAAAAGGACCUGAAAUUGAUUUCAGCUUAUCAAAGAAAGAUGUUGACAUCACACUACCAGAAGGCAAAGCAGAAGUCAAUCUCCCUGACGUUGAACUUCAAGACCCUUCUGCUAAAGUGGAAAUUAAACCUUCUGGGACUGAAGCUAAGUUAGGUCAUAUGGAAGGAUCGCCAUCAAAAUUCAAGCUGCCAACAUUCAAAUUACCUAAAUUUGGAGCUGCCACUCCAAAUGUCAGUGUGGAGGUACCUGAUAUGGACAAAGACAUAAAAGUUGAUACAGCUGGGAUGAAAAUACCUAAAGACAGUGCUGCAGUUGAUAUUGCAGCACAGAAUGUUGAUAUUAAGGGUCCAUCUCUUGAUGUGAAAAUGUCAGGAACUGAAGGUGAGGGAAAAGGAAGUAAGUUUAAAAUGCCAAAGUUUGGAGUGUCAUUGCCAAAAGUACACGGGCCUGAAAUUGAUUUAAGCUUAUCCAAGAAAGAUGUAGGUGUCAAAUUACCAGAGGCUAAGGCUGAGGUUAAACUCCCAGAAGGUCCUGAAAUUGAUGUUAAUCUUGAAAAUGUAGAUGUUUCAAUUCCAGAAGCAAAAAUGGAGGUUCAAAAACCUGAACUGGAGUUACAAUCUGAAGUUGAACUUGACAGACAAGGAAGCAAGUUCAAAAUGCCUAAGUUUGGAAUCUCAAUGCCAAAAGUAAAAGGACCUGAAAUUGAUUUCAGCUUAUCAAAGAAAGAUGUUGACAUCACACUACCAGAAGGCAAAGCAGAAGUCAAUCUCCCUGAUGUUGAACAAAAAGAACCUUCUGCUAAAGUGGAGGUUAAAUCUCCUGAGAUCGAAGCUCAGUUAAGCAGUGCAAAAGGUUCACCAUCAAAAUUUAAACUGCCCACAUUCAAAUUCCCCAAAUUUGGAGUUGCCACUCCAAAUGUCAGUGCUGAAGUACCUGAUACAGACAAAGAAAUCCAAAUUGAUGGAGCUCACAUGCACAUAUCUGCACCACACACAGAUGUUCACGUACCAGAAGUUAAAGCAGAGGUCUAUCUGCCAGAUGUUGAAGUCAAAGAGCCUUCGGGGGCUUUUGUGAUAGAGCAACAGCCAGGUGUUGAGGUGGAUGCAAAACUGAAAAAGCCAAGGUUUUCACUGCCCAGGUUUUCUUUUUCAAAACCAAAUGUUAAGGCCCCAGAAGUUGAUGUCAGUCCUCAGGAUAUAAAUGUUGCAAUUCCAGAGGGAAAAGUGGAAGUGAAAGGAGGGGAAGUGGAAAUAAAAGCACUGGAAGGUGAAGCAGAAGUUGACGGGCAAGGAAACAAGUUUAAAAUGCCAAAGUUUGGAAUCACAAUGCCAAAGGCAACAGGGCCUGAAAUUAAUUUAAGUUUAUCAAAGAAAGAUGUUGACAUCACACUACCAGAAGGCAAAGCAGAAGUCAAUCUCCCUGAUGUUGAACAAAAAGAACCUUCUGCUAAAGUGGAGGUUAAAUCUCCUGAGAUCGAAGCUCAGUUAAGCAGUGCAAAAGGUUCACCAUCAAAAUUUAAACUGCCCACAUUCAAAUUCCCCAAAUUUGGAGUUGCCACUCCAAAUGUCAGUGCUGAAGUACCUGAUACAGACAAAGAAAUCCAAAUUGAUGGAGCUCACAUGCACAUAUCUGCACCACACACAGAUGUUCACGUACCAGAAGUUAAAGCAGAGGUCUAUCUGCCAGAUGUUGAAGUCAAAGAGCCUUCGGGGGCUUUUGUGAUAGAGCAACAGCCAGGUGUUGAGGUGGAUGCAAAACUGAAAAAGCCAAGGUUUUCACUGCCCAGGUUUUCUUUUUCAAAACCAAAUGUUAAGGCCCCAGAAGUUGAUGUCAGUCCUCAGGAUAUAAAUGUUGCAAUUCCAGAGGGAAAAGUGGAAGUGAAAGGAGGGGAAGUGGAAAUAAAAGCACUGGAAGGUGAAGCAGAAGUUGACGGGCAAGGAAACAAGUUUAAAAUGCCAAAGUUUGGAAUCACAAUGCCAAAGGCAACAGGGCCUGAAAUUAAUUUAAGUUUAUCAAAGAAAGAUGUAGAUGUGACAUUACCAGAAGCCGAAGCCAAAGUCAAACUACCUGAUGUUGAACUGAAAGAACCCUCUGCUGAAGUGGAAAUCAACCCGCCUGAUAUCAAAGUUGUGACAAAGGAUGCAGAAGGAUCACCAUCAAAAUUUAAGAUGCCAACAUUCAAAUUACCAAAAUUUGGAGUUGGCACUCCAAGUUCCACUGUAGAAGUACCUGUUAUGGACAAAGACAUCAACAUUGAUGGAGAUGAAGAGGUUCUUGCAGUUACCAUUGCAGCACCCAGCACUGAUACUCAAGCCCCAUCAAUAGAUAUAAAAACUACAGGAACUGAACGUGAAGGAAAAGGGAGCAGGUUUAAACUGCCAAGUCUCGGCUUUUCUGGGCCUCAUGUGAAAGGGCCUGAUGUUGAUUUAAGCCUAUCAAAGAAAGAUGCAGAUGUGACACUGCCAGAAGUCAAAGCUGAUGUUCAACUUCCUGAUGUUGACCUAAAAGAACCUUCAGCCAACAUGGAAAUUAAAGCUCCUGGAAUUGAAGUUCAGACAAGUAAUGUUGAAGGAUCACCAUCUAAGUUUAAAAUGCCAACAUUCAAAUUACCAAAAUUUGGGGCUCCCACUCCACAGAUCAGUGUGGAAGGACCUGAUGUGGACAGAGACAUUAAAUUGACUGGAGCAGACUUAAACUUACCGGAAGCAAAAGCUGGAGUCAAACUUCCUGAUGUUGAAAUCAAAGAGCCUGUGAUUUCAGUUUCAGUAUCAGAGGCACCAAUGGCAGAGGGUGAUGCAACUGCAAGAAAGACAAGCUGGACAUUGCCAAAAUUUUCAUUUUCAAAGACAAGCAUUAAGAGCCCUGAGGUUGAUGUCAACUUUGAUACCCCAAAGGUUGAUGUUACACUACCAGAGGCCAAAACAGAAAUACAACCUCCAGAUAUUGACAUCAAAGAAUCCUCAAGUAUUUCAGUAGAGGGGAAACCUACUACAGACCUUGAUGCCAAAUUGAAAAAGCCAAGGUUUUCAUUGCCCAAAUUUUCAUUCUCAAAGCAAAGUACAAAAGAGCUUGAAGUUGAUGCCAGUCUCCCAGAAGUUGAUGUUUCUCUUCCAGAAGUAAAUGUGGAAGUCAAACCACCCGAAGUAGAGCUUAAGCCACCAGAGGGUGGUGUAGAAUUAGAUGGGCAUGAAAGCAAGUUUAAAAUGCCAAGGUUUGGCAUCUCAAUGCCAAAAGUAAAAGGACCUGAAUUUGAUUUAAGCAUCUCAAAGAAAGAUGCAGAUGUGACAGAACACAAGGCUAAAGCUGAGGUUGAAAUCCCAGAAGCUCCUAAAAUUGCUGUGGAUGUGAAACCAUUGGAGUGUGAAACAGAAGUAGAUGGGCAAGGGAGCAAGUUCAAAAUUCCUAAGUUUGGAAUCACAAUGCCAAAAGUUAAAGGACCUGAAAUAGAUUUGAGCUUGUCAAAGAAAGAUAUAGAUGUCAAACUCCAAGAAGCCAAAGCAGAAGUUCAGCUUCCAGAUGUUAAAACAAAACAACUGUCUGGCAAAGUGGAAAUGAAGGCUCCUGAGAUCGAAGCUCAAGCAGGUAAUGUGGAAGCAUCAGCAUCAAAACUUAAAAUGCCAACAUUCACAUUACCCAAAUUUGGAGCUGCUACUCCAAAGGUCAGUGUGCAAGUACCUGAUGUGGACAAAGAGGACAAAGACAUUGAAAUUGAUGGUGCAAAGCUGCAAACACCUAAAGAGGGCGCUACGUUGGAUGUCACAGCACCCAGCAUUGACACUGAAGGCCUGUCUGUAGAUGUAAAAGCUAAAGGAAGUGAACUUGAGGUAUCAGGAAGCAAGUUUAAAAUGCCACAUUUUGGCAUCUCAAAGCCCAAAGUUAAAGGACCCGAAAUCGAUUUAACUUUAUCAAAGAAAAGUGUAGAUGUCACACAGCCAGAAGUUAAAGCUGAAGUCAUACUGCCUAGUGUUGAAGUCAAAGAACCUGAAGGUGACAUUUCAGUGCCUGAUACACCUACAGUUGAGUUUGAAGCCAAGAUGAAACGACCAAACUGGACAUUUCCAAAAUUUUCAUUUUCGAGAACAGGUGGUAAAUCCCCUGAUGUUGAUGUCAACUUUGAAACACCCAAAGCUGAUGUUACAUCACCAAAGGCAAAAGCAGAGGUCUCUGUACCAGAUGUUGAAGUCAAAGGACCUUCAGGGGUUAUUUCAAUGGAAGAGCCAUCUGCUGCAGAACUUGAUGCAAGCUUGAAAAAAACUAAAUUUUCAUUACCUAAAUUUUCUUUUUCAAAGACAAGUGUUACAGUACCUGAAGUCAGUGCUGAGCCUCCACAUGUUGAUGUUUCUCUUCCAGAGGGAGAAGUAAAAGUCAAGCAACCUGCAAUGGAAAUGAAAGCUCCUGAGCUUGAAGCUGAACAUGAUGUACAAGGAACCAAAUUUAAAUUGCCAAAGUUUGGCAUUGCACUACCAAAAGUAAAAGGACCUGAAGUCGAUUUAAAUGCAUCACCGAAAGACAUAAAUGUCACACUGCCAGAAGUUAAAGCAGAGAUCAAACUCCCAGAAGUUCAAGUCAAGGAAUCUUUGGUUAGUGUGGAGACUGAAGGAAAAUCAAAAGAUGGUGGAGGAUCACCAUUAAAAUUUAAAAUGCCAACACUGCAAAUGCCGAAAUUAGGAGGUGCUACCUAUGAUGUCACUGUAGAAUCUGAAACUGAUGGAGCUAAACUUAAGGAGGAUGUUGCUGUCAACAUCAAAGGUCCAAGUGUUGAUAUUAAAACUGAUAUGUCCAAAACAGCAAUAUCAGAUUCUGAAACCCCAAAGACUGAGACUGAUGGUGUGGGUCAGGUAUCUCCAAGUAAAUUCAAACUGCCAUCUUUUAAAAUGCCAAAGCUGAGUUUCUCAAGACCCAAACCUGAAGAUGAACAUGUCCCUGGUGAUGAUGAGCGCAAAGAUGAUCAGCUGAAAAUGGAAAUUGAGCCACAAGAAGAGAUUAAAUCACCAAAGUUAACUUUGACAUCAUUUGGUGAGCUCCUCAAAAACAUCGAUGUUGAAUUUGAUGUUUCAAAAACAGACAAAGGGGAAGAAAAUCUUGAAACCUUAAAAGGAGUUCAUGAAACAAGUGAAUCCAGUGGAAAGCAGAUAACAGAUAAGAAGCAAGAUACUACUAAAAGUCCUGAGAGGACAGGUUGGUUUAAAUUCCCCAAGUUUGGACUUUCCUCCCCAUCAGAACUUGCCAAGAUUUCUGAAAAAGAUGAGCGCAAGGAUGAAAAAAGCCCAGUAGGAGAAACAGGGGAUGAGGAAAUAAGCCCCACCUGCUCUGUCCAGUCAUCUGAUGCCUUUGCUGAUAUUAGCUCUGCAAUGACAAGUGAGCAUGUUGGUCUGUCCUUAUCUUCUCCAACCAAGGUUACUGUCAAGUACUCUGGUCCUGAUGUUACUUCAGGGUUUGGAGAGAUACACAGUAACAUCAUUACCUCCACCACAAGUACUGGACUGAUCUCGGUUGAGCCCAACUUGCCUGAGAAAAUCACCAUUCUGUCAUCUGGCGUUUCUUCUUCAUCAGAAGACACACUCAGACUCGAAUCUGGAAAAAUACAUGUCAUUACAUCAAAUAUACAAGCAACCCCUGAAGCACAGCAUGCCAAGCUAGUGACUGCUGUUCAAGUCCAAUCAGCUGGAGGCCUUCCCCUAGAAUCAGAGGCUAACAAAGCUGCGUCAUGGACUGUUGAAGAGUCACAAAGCAGCAAGAGCUCGAUCUUUGGGAGGUACUUCACAAGGGAAACAUCAAGUGAAAGAAGUGAAAGCAAAGAAACAAUUGUUAUAACUAAACAAAUUACACACUCUUCGGAGCCCAUCUCAGGUGAGACUGCCUCAUCCAUACAACGACUGAGAGACUCUGUGCACUCUGAGAAAAUGAGGUUCUUUGAUGGAGCUGAGAAGUGAAAUAACUUGAUGCAAAUUAUGUCUAAAGAUACAGUACAAUCCAUGGCUGGUGGGUUAUGAAUUUCACUGGUCAUAGUCAUGUGAGAGGAAAGCGAGAGAGGCAGAGAGAAAAAACAUGCUUUCAACUGGAAAAGGUAGCUUCACUUACCAAUCAUAGUAAAGAAUUUGUCAAUCUUCAGGUGUUAACCUCGAUCUCUGGUUGCAUGUUGUUGACCUACAAAGAGAUGGAUUCAUGUAAUUCACACUGACAAUGUGAUCAAGUUGUUAAUAAGCUGUGUAACUGAGUGCCCUUACUGCAAAUUAUGACAGGGCUUCAACAAAUAUCUUUGCUUAUGGUACAGAACUAAAGUAAGCCAUGUGUUUUGCCUAUCAAAACUUAUCAUUAUCUUUGUCGUUUCAUAGUUUUUAAAUGUACAAUAUCUCUUAUUAAUCAGAUGAUAACCACCAGUGCAUUUGAUUCAAGAACGAUUGGUGUAGAAAUCUGAACAAGACUGCUGCAAAAAUCAAUCAAUGUUACUGACAUUCCAAAAUAUUUUUACUGUAAUUUCACUGUAAAGUUUACAGUAGAGAACACCUUCAAUACAACCGUGCAGUAUAUGUCACAAAAAUGAAUAUAUAUCACCAAGAUGUUCUUGUUGCUGUAGCUAAAAUGUAAAGAAACAAUAGCAAUGCAAAGCUGAAAUGAAACGCUUAUGAUCAAACAGCAAAUGUACUGCUGCAACUAUAUUUUUAGUAAUACUUUGCUACUUAGAACCUAAUUUGCUACAAUAAAAUUAUUAUAUCAUGUUUUUUUUCAAUAUCACUGUACAAAGUGGGAAUAUUGAACGGGCUGUGUAAAUAGCUUUUAAUGACCUUUGGAGUUUUAUUUGAUUACUGCUCCUGUUUGUAUUCUAAUAGGCUUUAACUCAACAUGUUUGCAAAGAUAUACACAAUAAAUAAAUAUUAUAAUAUGCAAAAAA